GGCUGUUCUUAUAUAAACUCUGCCAAAGCCAACAAAACGCAAAAUGGUAUCAUGAAAAUUUUGCGCGCAGUGUGCUAUGGAUGAACCAACACUGUGUUGACCAUAAACACUUUCACUCUUUCUUCAACUUCAAAAGGUGACUGGCCUUGAAAAUCACUGUAUAGAACAUGGCUCCAUCAGAUGUUUGUCCAACCGAGGAUGCAGUUCAGGCAUUCAUAGAGCACUUGGUUGACCCGUUGCUGCCAACAAAAGCAACUGUCCAGGGUAAUCCGACACCAUCUCAACAGAAGUUAGUUGCAAAACAGGUGCGUUCAGCUGUCUUACUGUACAACUACUACCAUAGGAAACAGCAUCCUGAGCUAGCAUAUCUGCCAUUUAAUGAAUUUUGCAAGUUGGCUGUGGUUUUGAGGCCACCUUUAUUAGCAUAUAUGCAAUUCAUGCAAAAUUUAAAGGAAGAAGAGCUUACCGAUGUAGAGAAACAGCUAUCAUUCACAGAAAAAAUGAUAAUGGAAGCAUGUGAUGUAUGUAAAUGUUUGGAUGCAUCAAAGGAUGUUCCUAAUAUAGAGGGAUGGCCCAUUACAAAAGUUUCUAUCCUUUUAAUUGACAGUAAGAAGGAGAACUGCUUUUUGCUGUUUAGUUCCAUUACCAGUGGGGUAUGGUCUGUGAUUGAAAAAGUUCUGGACACCUCCAGUCAAAGUUCUCUGGUUGAAAAAAGUCUGAAUACCUCCAAGCAAAGUUCUCUGGUUGAAAAAGUUCUGAACACCCCCAGUCAAAGUUCUGAAGUUACAUCAGGACCAAUACAGUACAAAAAGAGGAGAGCCAUUAAAAAGGCUUCCAAAAAGGAACUAACAGUUGAUGAAGAUGUAUUUCUGCAAGUUGGGUAUUCUGCUAUAAAGGAUGCAACUGGUAUCAAUAACACUGAUAUUAUGCUUUUGGAAAGUGGUACUGUCUAUUCAGAGAGCAAAGAGAAGGCAGCUUCUCGCUUUUAUAUAAUGCAGUGCUACCGGACGACCAAUGAAGAAGUUAUUCAACUUCCUGUCCAAGAUCUAAUUAAAAGCUUGCAGGGUCCUUUGGUCAGUAAGAGCUCUAGAAGUUGGAUUACCACUCCAGUAAUUGAUUACUUCCAUGUGCUUCCAUACUCUGAAAUAAUCUCAAAGUGGAUUUCUAGAGAAGCAUUCUCAAUUAGUUUGCAAGAUUCAAGGGUAACAGAGAAAAACGUGAAGGUGGACACCCCUGAAGCAACAGACUUCUAUGUAAAUAAGGACACAUUUACUUCUCUUGGUAGUAAGCCAAACAGUGAUAAUAUUGAUUCCCAGAAGCAGAAAGAGAACAAUGGAAGUUGUACACCUGCAUUAUCUUAUUAUAUCAAUGAGCCCAUGGAAAUGGAUGUGAAUGAAAAUUCAAUUUUCAAAUCUCAAAAUAAAGAAAAAUGCCAGGAUAUUAUUGCCAGUACUGUACAAGUUGGUGUAGAUCAAGAAAAUAACAAUCCAUAUCUGAAGUAUAAUUCUAAUGGCUCUGCAAGUGCUGUUAAGGCUUUAAAGGUUGAUUCGACAAGGAUGCUCAUUGCUGAAGGUGGAGUCAACAAUCUUGCUUCUUUGCACAAGAAUUAUGCCCAUAGGCCCAAUACCUCAUCUGAAAAAGGCAAACUUGUUAGCUUUACUCCGACUGCAAAUCAUUCUAACUCAGAUCUAGAGAAGCUCCAAAUUCUUUCAGAUUCGAAAAAGAUAUUAUCUCAAACUGCCCUAGCUGCUUUGAUACGAAAGAGGAAUGAAUUGGCCCUUCAGCAGCGCAAAAUAGAGGAUGAGAUUGCUGUUUGUGAUAAGAAAAUUCAGAGAAUGCUAACUGAUGGGGAAGACGACUUCAAAUUGAAGAUUGAAUCAAUUGUGGAAGGCUGUAAUGAUACAUGGGUAAGAAAUCAAGAAAGGAUGCGUGAACAACAGAGCUUACCUCUUAAGAGGAAAAAAUUGUCAGAGGCUGUCUUUUUAACACAAAGUCCAUGCCAGGAACUAGACAAUACAUGUCACGAAAACAAUUGGGUCCUACCAACUUAUCAUUUAUCCCAUGCAGAUGGUGGAUUCAAAGCCAAUGUAACUGUUAAAGGAGUGGACUUUCAGUGUUCAUUUGAGGGUAACGUGGGUUCCAAUCCUUCUGAAGCAAGAGAAUCAGCUGCAGCUUUGAUGUUGACUAAUUUAAAGGAAAAAAUAGUCCAGUGAUCUUGGGAGCUUAGAAAUGGCAUGCUUCCCUUGUGGUUCUUGGUUUUCUCCUCUAUAAUAACAAUAUAAAGAAAACUGUAAUAAUUCAUAUGGUUAUUUUGUUAUGGACGCAUUGACGGAAUUAAUGACAUUUCUUCCAUCUCAGUUUAGUCUUGUUUGCAAGCC